CUUCAUUUAAAUGAAGGUGUCCAUAUUUUUGUUCCUCCUUGUAAGCUGCUUUCUCACUUUUUCCUGUAUUCAGACACCACUGUCACAAUAUGCUGUUGUGAAGAAUUUUCCGGAGGAUGAACUGGCACAAGUUCCAUAUGGAGUUGGGUAUUUGCCACAAGAUCCUUUGAUUGAUCCAGGGACUGGACUAAUUGGCUCUGGGCGAGGGCGAGGGCGGGGACGAGGCCGUGGUCGUACCCGUGGUGGGAGAUCUCAGAGACGGGUCAUUAGGUCGAGAUCUGAAGCUGGCCAGAGAAGUUCCAGGACAAAUAGCGAGAGAUUUGGGCAAUUGGUGGGGUGGAAAGGGCGAACACGUGGACGUGGAGGACGUAGGCAGGGUCGUCGGUCCAUUAGAAGUAGACACAAGCCAGUGAAGAGGGUGGCAGAGAUAGCUGGUGCUAGAGAUGAAAUUGAAGAGAAUAUUUUUGAGAAAACUCCUAGAAGUGCAAGUCCACAGGAGUGGAUUGGGGAAGAAACCGCACAGAUGCAAGUUGUGGGUGCUGAGAGUGUUAGCAGUUCAGAAAGAUCGGAUUAUGAUGAAGAUAAUGGUCAUGCGACUGGAGAUGAAUAUGAUGAUUUAAUGGUGGAUAACUAUCCCAGUGUCCUUAACGGCCAGCCUGAGCUCUUCACGGAGGAGGGUGCCGAUUAUAAUGUAGAUGGUGAAGAAGACGAGGAUGGUGGUGUCGACGAGGCAGACGAUGAUGACGAAGAUGAUGAGAAUGGUGAUGAGGAUGACAAUGGUGAGGGAGAUGUAGAUGUUCGAGGGUACUUUAAUGGCGAGUCGGAUGAAGAGGGGAACAAGGAUAUUGGUGGACAGCAAAUGUGGAACCCAGAUGAUGUUACAGGAUCUACAUCGACAGAUUACAGUGAAUAACAAGUCAUAAAUUCAGAAAGAUUGACAAACUGUAUAUCAAGUUUGAAGUCCUCUCAAAACCACUGGUACUACCUCUGUAAUUUUUACACCUUAUGUAUUUAUUGGGGAUCUGUAAUUACAGUGCGGAUCACCUUAAUGCACUGUGAAUCAUCUUUGAAUGAAAUUAUCUUUGUUUAUCUGAAUUUGAGUAUUAAGUUGUAAACAAAGUCUAGCCAAAAUAUGUAAUAUGGUGUUCUGAAAUGACACUUUUCUUUUGCAGCAAACAAAAUAAAUAUUGUAAUGCCAUCUUUGGACAGCAAUUUUAAUGGUCACGAAAGUAAUCCUG